AAGGAUCUGAGCACCCCACUGGCCCGUCUGGGGGUCCGCUACACCACACAGCACCAGUGCCAACUACAGUACGGCCCCAAUGCCACCUACUGCCACGAGAUCGACGUGAGUACAAAAUCAAAAUCAAAUAUUUUGUCACAUACACUAGAUAGGUGCAGAAAUGUGUUGUUUUACAGGGUCAUCCAUAUUAGUACGGCACCCCUGGAUCAAAUUAGGGUUAAGUGCCUUUCUCAACGGCACAUUGACAGAUUUUUCACCUUGUCGGCUCGGGUAUUCAAACCAGCGACCUUUCGCUUACUGACCAAACACUGUAACCGCUAGGCUACCUGCCACUUACACACGCACGCACACACACACCCCACAACAACAACACACGAAUCUGGAUGGACACUUACUUAGCCUGGGUUUGUCUUCCUUCUAGAAUGUGUGUCAGAUCCUGUGGUGUUCAGUGAAUGGGUCCUGUCGCUUAUAAAAGGACUCCCCGUGAUGGCACCGCUGUGGCCUGAGAAGGGGACAAGGGGGUCCCCACGAUGUCGCAGACAGGCCAAAUACACCCUUCGGCUGGGUUGUCAUAUACUCAAACUCUCCCCCCCGUGGCCCACUCGCUCGGCACGGCACGGAAAACUGACUCCACUUCUAUCGCAUUUACUCACCCCCACUCCCCUCUCCCGCCCUCAGUAUUCACUUUUCCCUCCCAGCUCCUUUCCCGAUUCCCUGCGGUCAGGCAUCCCCGCCCUACGUAUCCUUUUGGCCUGCUGCGUGGCCGGGCCUUCUACUUCUCACCCCUGUCUCCUUCUUGAACCUUACUCCCGCCUCUGCCUUAUCUCCCCCGCCACAACCCUGCAUCCUCCCUCCGAAUGGGGCGCAGGGACUGUCGUGGUGCGUCCCCCCAACUUCACGCGAAACAACGUGGCUCCUCUAUUUGCGUCAAAAUCUACCACUGGCGCAUGGAAUAUUUCUACUUCCAUCCCAUCAAUACAUCCUCCUCCACAUCAUAUGCUACCUCAUAGGAUAUUAAACACCCCGUACCGUCCCACUCUAACCGCCCUCGAGCUCGCUGCGACACUUUGCUACGGCUUUCGGUCUCUCGCUGUACCGCCCAGCAGCGGGAAUUUUGGUCACCUCUGGACCGCAGGAGGGGGGAAGGAAUGGGUGGGGACGCGCUCCUUGGCGGAGCGGUGUGUGAAGAGAGCGUAGGGGGGUAUAGAGGGGGAGUUUUAAGCAGUGUGGAUAUAGGGGAAGUACCAGGACAGUGAAUGGCAAACUGGGGACAGUGGAGUAGCUGGUCUCACUGUUCCAGGACUGUGGAGCCGGGGUUUGCAGUCGGAUGAAGGGAGGGUAAAACCCCAAGUAAAGAACUGAUCCCCCACAUUCCGUUCACCCUCUCCUCGCCUUCUUUCACCUCCCCUUGUUACAUCUUUGAUUAAAAUGUAUGGUCCUUUGUUUCCCUCAGACCAGAGUUUGGUGGGAGGUACUGUACAGGCGAGAGGAGGCGUUACCGUAUCUGUAACACCAAACCAUGUCAAAAGGCCAAACCUACCUUCAGAGAGAUGCUGUGUAGUGAAUUUGACACAGUACCCUACCAGAACGAACUCUACGAAUGGGUCCCUGUGGCUAGCCCAUGUAAGAGCCAAAGUCACACACACACACACACACAUUCCACAGUAAACACACCAAGACAGCACAGGAGGCUGCUGAGGGGAGGACGGCUCAUGGUAAUGGCUGGAAUGGAGGGAAUGGAAUGGUUUGCAACGCCAGGGUUGUGGGUUCGAUUCCCACGGGGGGCCAGUAUGAAAAAAUAUAUAUAAUAAUAAUAAUGUAUGCACUAACUAUAAGUUGCUCUGGAUAAGAGCGUCUGCUAAAUAACUAAAAUUUAAAUGUAUGUAAAUGUUUCAAACACAUCUGUUUGGUGUGAUGAUGCCAUUCCAUUGAUUCUGUUCCAGCCAUUACUAUGAGCCUCAUCAUUCCAGGAGUUGUAGUUAUAUGUAUCUCGCAGCAGGGGGCAGCACAUACAUUUCUAAUACUUUUUCAAAACUAUAGGAAAUUACACUUUUCAAUACUAGCACUGGUGUCCCCUCGUUUAUUGAUCUUCUCCCACCCCCACUCUCAUCCCCCCCCUCCCUCUCUGGUUCCAUCUCUUCCCUGGGUUCCCAGCGAGUCCGUGUGAGCUGCACUGUCGUCCAGUGGAUGAGAAUUUUUCUGAGAAGAUGCUGGAUGCUGUGACAGACGGAACUCCCUGCUUCAUGAACAACAACUCCAGGAGCAUCUGUGUCAACGGAGUGUGCAAGGUAGAGAGAGAGAGAGAGAGAGAGAGAGAGAGAGAGAGAGAGAGCGAGAGAGAGGAGGGAGGGAAGGAGGGAGUAGGUAUUAGUCCUGUCUCUGCGAGGAGAGAGCAUGUGGCCUAAGAUAAAUCUAAGAUAUAAGCUCUGCCUGUUGGAGUUAAGAUAGAGGGAAUCUGUUUGUUUUCUCCUCUGUCUGUGUAUCUCUGUGUGUCUCUGAUCUGAUUAUCUUAUACAUUUACCUUAUGUUGGUUCUGGAGGUGCCCUUAUUCUGUUUGUGUGUGUGUGUGUCUGUGUGUGUGUGUGUGUGUGUGUGUGUGUGUAUGUGUAAUCUAAUCUUGACCUGUGUGUUGUGUCUGUAGGAGGUGGGCUGUGACUAUGGUAUAGACUCUAACGCUUUAGAGGAUCAGUGUGGAGUGUGUCUGGGUGAUGGUUCCUCCUGUGAGACUGUCCAGAUGACCUUUGAUGGGGGGGAUGGCUUCGGUGAGUCUCCUCGCCCCUCCAUAAAUAUCUUCCUAUAGUCUCAUCUCCUCCCAGAACCCCCAAAACAUCUCCCACAAUGUCUUCACUCACUGGCUAAAGGAUUAUGUAAUUAUGUUGUUCCCAUGUGGUUGUCAUGGCAUCGCUCUGUAUGGGAGUAUACAGCUAUUUGUUCUGCUGUCUUUGGCUGCAGACCGCAUAUCUUUCUCUCUCUGUGUAUUUGUGUUAAUGUGUGUGUGUGUGUACAGCUAUUUGUCUUGCUGUCUUUGGCAUAUCUGACUGUCAGACUCCAACAACUGUGUUUUUGAGAGAAUGACUCACUAGUGAACUCAGUGACCUCACAGCCAGAGAGAGAGAAACCUUUUUACAUCAGCAGUUGUCAAAGUGCAGAACAGGAAAGUAUUGUAGUUUACUAGAAAUCUCCAAGCAGCUCUUCCACACAUAUCACAUUGAUGUUGCAUUCAAACCUGGGAUAUAACUCCACUCAGCACUUUGGAGGUCCCAAACCCCAAUUGACCCCUAGACCCUACCCACAGACAGUUAUAGCCCCUACACCAUACCCCAGACAGUUAUAGUGUCACGUUGUAUACUGAUAGAAGACAGGUGCAGGAAUACGUAAAAAAUUGUUUUAUUACUCUACCCAACAUAAGGUACGUCAUGGAAAACGACAGGGACGAAGCCCAAAACAAACACCUAUAUAUAUAUAUAUAUAUAUAUAUAUAUAUAUAUAUAUAUAUAUAUAUAUAUAUAUAUAUAUAUAUAUAUAUAUAUAUAACACAGGGAUGUAACCCAAACAAAAGAGCGAGGUGUAAACCUCUAAAUAAUACACGGGACGAGAUCCGUAAUAACAAGUGCACAAUGACAUGGUAUGUAAACUGUAAUACAAUGUACAGUAACAUGUAGCACGAAAGCCGAUACAACAGAGCACAGGUACUCACGAGACCAAUGGACAUGGGACAAUAAUCGACAAGGACAAUGGGGAACAGAGUGCACAUACAGUAGGGAAAAAAAGUAUUUAGUCAGCCACCAAUUGUGCAAGUUCUCCCACUUAAAAAGAUGAGAGAGGCCUCUAAUUUUCAUCAUAGGUACACGUCAACUAUGACAGACAAAAUUAGAAAAAAAAUCCAGAAAAUCACAUUGUAGGAUUUUUAAUGAAUUUAUUUGCAAAUUAUGGUGGAAAAUAAGUAUUUGGUCAAUAACAAAAGUUUCUCAACACUUUGUUAUAUACCCUUUGUUGGCAAUGACACAGACACAUAUUUUCUGUAAGUCUUCACAAGGUUUUCACACACUGUUGCUGGUAUUUUGGCCCAUUCCUCCAUGCAGAUCUCCUCUAGAGCAGUGAUGUUUUGGGGCUGUCGCUGGGCAACACAGACUUCAACUCCCUCCAAAGAUUUUCUAUGGGGUUGAGAUCUGGAGACUGGCUAGGCCACUCCAGGACCUUGAAAUACUUCUUACGAAGCCACUCCUGCGUUGCCCGGGCGGUGUGUUUGGGAUCAUUGUCAUGCUGAAAGACCCAGCCACGUUUCAUCUUCAAUGCCCUUGCUGAGGGAAGGAGGUUUUCACUCAAAAUCUCACGAUACAUGGCCCCAUUCAUUCUUUCCUUUACACGGAUCAGUCGUCCUGGUCCCUUUGCAGAAAAACAGCCCCAAAGCAUGAUGUUUCCACCCCCAUGCUUCACAGUAGGUAUGGUGUUCUUUGGAUGCAACUCAGCAUUCUUUGUCCUCCAAACACGACGAGUUGAGUUUUUACCAAAAAGUUCUAUUUUGGUUUCAUCUGACCAUAUGACAUUCUCCCAAUCCUCUUCUGGAUCAUCCAAAUGCACUCUAGCAAACUUCAGACGGGCCUGGACAUGUACUGGCUUAAGCAGGGGGACACGUCUGGCACUGCAGGAUUUGAGCCCCUGGCGGCGUAGUGUGUUACUGAUGGUAGGCUUUGUUACUUUGGUCCCAGCUCUCUGCAGGUCAUUCACUAGGUCCCCCCGUGUGGUUCUGGGAUUUUUGCUCACCGUUCUUGUGAUCAUUUUGACCCCACGGGGUGAGAUCUUGCGUGGAGCCCCAGAUCGAGGGAGAUUAUCAGUUGUCUUGUAUGUCUUCCAUUUCCUAAUAAUUGCUCCCACAGUUGAUUUCUUCAAACCAAGCUGCUUACCUAUUGCAGAUUCAGUCUUUGCAGCCUGGUGCAGGUCUACAAUUUUGUUUCUGGUGUCCUUUGACAGCUCUUUGGUCUUGGCCAUAGUGGAGUUUGGAGUGUGACUGUUUGAGGUUGUGCACAGGUGUCUUUUAUACUAAUAACAAGUUCAAACAGGUGCCAUUAAUACAGGUAACGAGUGGAGGACAGAGGAGCCUCUUAAAGAAGAAGUUACAGGUCUGUGAGAGCCAGAAAUCUUGCUUGUUUGUAGGUGACCAAAUACUUAUUUUCCACCAUAAUUUGCAAAUAAAUUCAUUAAAAAUCCUACAAUGUGAUUUUCUGGAAAGAAAAUUCUCAAUUUGUUUGUCAUAAUUGAUGUGUACCUAUGAUGAAAAUUACAGGCCUCUCUCAUCUUUUUAAGUGGGAGAACUUGCACAAUUGGUGGCUGACUAAAUACUUUUUUCCCCCACUGUAUAUACGCAUACUAAUCAGGGGGAAUGGGAACCAGGUGUGCUUAAUGAGACAAGACAGUCCGGGGUUGGUGGUAAUGAACCAGGUCAGUGACACCUAGAAGGCCGGUGACGUAGACCUCCGGAGCUGGUGAACGGAAUGAGCAGCAGUACCGGGGGGAUCCGUGACAUAUAGCCCCUACCCCCAGACAGUUAUAGCCCCUAGACCCUACCCCCAGACAGUUAUAGCCCCUAGACCCUACCCCCAGACAGUAACAGCCCCUAGACCCUACCCCCAGACAGUUCUAGCCCCUAGACCCUACCCCCAGACAGUUCUAGCCCCUAGACCCUACCCCCAGACAGUAUCAGCCCCUAGACCCUACCCCCAGACAGUUCUAGCCCCUAGACCCUACCCCCAGACAGUUCUAGCCCCUAGACCCUACCCCCAGUCAGUUAUAGCCCCCAGACCCUACCCCCAGUCAGUUAUAGCCCCCAGACCCUACCCCCAGACAGUUAUAGCCCCCAGACCCUACCCCCAGUCAGUUCUAGCCCCUAGACCCUACCCCCAGACAGUUCUAGCCCCUAGACCCUACCCCCAGUCAGUUAUAGCCCCCAGACCCUACCCCCAGACAGUUAUAGCCCCCAGACCCUACCCCCAGUCAGUUAUAGCCCCCAGACCCUACCCCCAGACAGUUAUAGUGUAGAUGAAAGGAUCAGACGUAAGGCAUCAGAUAUAAGCGGUAUGGCACACAAUUCCAACUAGCCAAUCAGGGGGCAAGUUACCACUACUAGCUAUCCAAUCCUAUCAGAUGUAUAAGAAGUUCUGGGGCAUGGGCGAGGGAAUGGGGAUCCAUUUGGAAGUGGUGGUUGGUAGUAGGUAGAUCCAUUACAGUACCAUGUGGGUCUAAUUUCACCCGGCUGCAUGAUGCCUUCAUAUCUGAUAGGACAAGUCAUCCAGGACUGGGAGAAGGGAGUGAGCUUUCUGUUUGGAAUGCAGACCCAGAUCUCAAGCUUACCUCCCAGACACCCACUGAGUGUGUUUGUGUGCGUGCAUGCCCCCUUUCCAGACAGCCGCCGGCUCAGCUAUAUGAAACUUCAAAGGGCAGAGCUGAGAUCCAAAGCAAUGCUACCCCCUCUUUUACCCUCACAAACAGACACACAACAACACCUCCCCCACCCAUCCACACACUAUUAAAAAACUGAGACACAGCCAGAGCAGUGCCCCCCCCACACACACACUGGUAUAGACCAGAGACGGGGUUAGCCCACCCCUGCCACCCAACAGACACACACCCUCUAUUAAAGAUCACAGAGAGUCUGGCUGCCAUGGUGGCCUCUCUGUAAGCUCUGGCCUCUCCCAGCAACCAUUCAUUAUGUUUUGAUUGUUUAACAGUGUCUUCAUCAUGCCUCUGCUUGCAUUUCAUUGCUUCUAGCUUUGCUACAAUUUCAGGUGUAGGUUUAUGAUUUCAUACCUUCAGAAAGUAUUCACUCCCCUUGACUUUUUCUACAUUUUGUUGUGUUACAGCUUGAAUUUUAAAUUGAUUUUUUUGUCACUGGCCUACACACAAUACCCAACAUUUUCUAAGUGGAAUUCUAUUUUUCAAAAUUUUAGCUGAAAUGUCUUCAGUCAAUAUGUAUUCAUACUAUUUGUUAUGGCAAGCCUAAAUAAGUUCAGGAGUAACAAUUUGCUUAACAAGUCUCAUAAUACGUUGCAUGGACUCACUCACUGUGCAAUCAUAGUGUUUAGCAUGAUUUUUGAAUGACUACCUCAUCUCUGUACCCCACAAAUACAAUUAUCUGAAGGUCCCUCAGUCGAGCAGUGAAUUUCAAACACAGAUUCAACCACAAAGACCAGGGAGGUUUUCAAAUGCCUCGCAAAGAAGGGCACCUAUUGGUAGAUGGGUAAAAAAAAAAAAGCAGACAUUGAAUAUCCCUUUAAGCAUGAUAAAGUUGGGCCUCCCGAGCGGCACAGUGGUCUAAGGCACUGUAUCACAGUACUUGAGGCGUCACUACAGCCCCGGGUUCGAUCCCAGGCUGUGUUACAACCAGCUGUGAUCGGGAAACCAAUGAGGCGGCGCACAAUUGGCCCAGCGUCGCCCGGGUUAGGGGAAGGUUUGUCCAGCUGUGAUUUCCUUGUCCCAUUGCACUCUAGCGACUCCUUGUGGCGGGCCAGGUGCCUGCAAACACAAGACCAAAUAUACACUGGAGUUGCUUACGAAGACGAUAUUGAGUGGCCUAGUUACAGUUUUAACUUAAAUCAGCUUGACAAUCUAUGGCAAGACUUGCAAAUGGCUAUCUCCAAAUGAUCAACAACCAACUUGACAGAUCUUGAAGAAUGUAAAAAAAUAUAUAUUUGCAAAUAGAGUACAAUCUUAGAGACUUUUACCCAGAAAGACUUCCAGCUGUAAUUGCUACCAAAGAUGAUUGUAAGAUCUGUUGACUCAUGGGGUGUGAAUACUUAUGUAAAUUUGAUAUUUCUGUAUUUUAUUUUCAAUAAAUGUGCUAACAUUUCUAAAAACAUGUUUUCACUUUGUCAUUAUGGGGUAUUGUGUGUAGAUGGGUGUGAAAAAUAAUCCAUUUAAUCCAUUUUGAAAUCAGGCUGUAACACAACAAAAUGUGGAAUAAGUCAAGGGGUAUGAAUACUUUCUGUUUUUCAGUCCCAGGGACCCAUGGGUUUGCAGGCUUUUGUUCCAGCCCAGCACUAACACAGCUGAUUCCCCUUUUCCUCGGUCCUCCUGUCCCAGGCUACGUGGACGUGGGAGUGAUCCCAGAGGGGGCUCGUGACAUUGUGGUCCAGGAAGUGGAGGAGGCGGGGAACUUCCUGGCUCUGCGGGGUCAGAUGUCAGAGGAGUACUUCCUGAAUGGCCAGUACAUCAUCCAAUGGAACGGGGAGUACAAGGCAGGCGGAGCCACCUUCUACUAUGAGCGUAGUGGGAACCUGGAGAACCUUACCUCCUCUGGACCCACCAAACAACCAGUCAUGAUCCAGGUACACACACCAUAUAAACUAUACACACCAAAUACAUGAAACCACCCAGCUAGAUAUUGACCAGCCAGAUCAGGAUUCAGAUAUGAUACACUCACCCUAACAGCUGAGUACGUUUCCUGUUGUUCAGUUGCUGUACCAGGAGAAGAACCCAGGUAUAAAGUACGAGUACACCAUCAAGAGGAGCCGCCAGACAGGAAAUGAGGUCAUCAAGUCGGAGUACAGGUGGAGGCAUGGGGCCUGGACAGACUGCAGCACCACAUGUGGGCUAGGUGAGUGGUUGUCUUUUAAACAACGAAUGAUAUGCUUUUCCCUUAAGUUAUUAAAUUCAUAUUCAGCUUUGAUAUUACGGCCGUACUGCAUUUGUAGCAUAUUUGUAGUCAGUCUAUUAACUUGUCAGAUAUUAAGAGUUGUGGAUUUUGGAUUCUGAUGAUGUGGACGAUGAUUGCAUUCCAAUUCAGACAGUCAAACAUUAUUGAGGGUUAUAGCCUACAGUGUGAUUAUUCAGACGGAAACAUUCCCUGUGUUCUGUGCUGUCCAGGUGAGCAGCAGCAGCCUGUCAGGUGUUUUGAGCUGGAGGUGGGCGUGGUCGAUGAGUCUCUGUGUGACCCAGAGAACCGCCCAGAAGACAGACACCGCAAGUGCAAGAACAUGGACUGCCCUGCCAGGUUCCAUAGUUUACUAAGACAACCACUCUAUAACGCCUGUCUUAUUUCUACUGUAGUACUAUGUUAUUACUGCUGUAUCUGGUGUUAUUACUGUCUGUUAUAACUGUUGGCACGGUUGUUUUUAGUCUGAUUUGCUUCUGAAAAUAAUAGGUGCAGAAUACAUAUUUGUUCAGGGCUCCUAUCUCACACUCUGUCCCCUCUCCCCCUGGGUAGGUGGUGGGUGGGGGGCUGGCAGCUGUGUUCUGCCACCUGUGGUUCAGGAGGGGGGAGGAAGCGCACGGUGCUGUGUGUUCGCACGGUGGCGGGGGAGGAGAGGGUGCUCCACCCUGGGGACUGUAAACAGCUGCUCAAACCCAAAUCUGUGGUGCCCUGCAACAGCGACCUGCCCUGUGGACCCGACUGGGCCGUGGGCAACUGGAGCGCGGUACUGUUCUCUUUUCCUCCUUUCUCUCCCUCUCUCCCACCCUGUCUCUUCCUGUGUUUCUGUCCAUGCCUCUAUCCAUUCUCCUCUCUAUCUCCCCUAUCCUGCCUGUUUUGUCAAUGAUCUGUCCCUGUGUAAUCCUCUCUCAUUCUCUCUCUCUCUCUCUCUCUCUCUCUCUCUGUCUCUCUCCUUGUUCUGUUAAUGACCUAUUUAAUCUCUCUCCGUCUCAGUGCCCAGUGACAUGUGGUGGUAGCGUGCGCUCCCGGACGGUCACCUGCCUGACCGCACCCAAACGAAAGUGUGACAUCGAAACCAUGCCUCGCUCCAAGUCGCUGUGCGCCCUGCAGAGCUGCCCAAGCGCAGGCCUCCGACGACGUCCGGGACCACCCCCUAAAUACCGCCGUGUCUACCCGCCCAAAAGACACCCCACCAAGCAGCCGGUUACACACUCCUGGGGUCCCAAAAGCACCGCUACACCCAGAACCAGCACUGUGACUGAGAGAACUACAACCCCCAUCAACACCUCUACCACCAGGCCCCUCCCACCAUCCUCCACAGCUUCUGACAUCAUCAACGUAGAUGACCAUGAGUUGAACCUGAUAGUGGGGAAGAAUGGGAGUGUAGAGGAUAAGGAAGAUUUUUUUAUUACGACCAGUCCUACUGAAGAGGAGAACGGAGAGAGGGACAUGAGAGAAAAAGAGGAACACGAGAUAAAGGAGGGGAGUGCAGCUGGUUUUGUGUUUCCAGACUCGGGGGUGAGGUACACCCCGGGGUAUGACUAUGUAGUGGAGGACGUCGUGACAACAGGGGAGGAGGGGCUUAUAGAUUUGGACAUUUUUACCACGGCAACCUCUCUCAGGACUCCCAACCAAUCACCACCCACUGUAACCACCACCAGGUUACACCCUACAACCAAACCACACACACCACACACAAGUGUCCAAACAACGUCACUUACAACCCCACACGCAACCAGAGUACCCCUCACUACAUCCCCCUCAAUCCCACAAACCAGCACUGGACGCUGGGCCAUGACCACCCGCCACUACCCCCUUACUCGCCCCAACACCACCCCUUUCAUCAACCCUUCCACCCAACGGACAACCAUGGUGCCCCACACCACCCCUACACCCCUGGCACACACAGCGGGGGUGAGGACUACAACCAAAGCCCCUUACCACCGUAAACAAGCACUGUACCCCACAACAGAAGGCACUUUCCACACUAGAGAUGCCCCCUACUCCACUAGUCCAUCAUCAGAGACCCCCCACCCCACUGUGAGGAUCAUUAAGCUGAAGAAGCCCAGUGAGACCCCCAAGAAUGGCAGCGCUGCCCCACGUUCUAAAAGGCCAGGCCCACAUGCUAAGAAGCCUGCGUCACGUUUUAAAGGCCCCUCCCCUCAUUCAAAGGGCAAAGGUCAGGAGCAGACACCAGAAAGUCCCUUGGUGACCUUCACCAGUGACUAUAGCUACCUGAACGCCCAGGAGCCAAUCAGCGUGGAUGUGUUCUGGGUGGUGGGCAACUGGAGCGAGGUGAGUGCAGGAGACUGGAGAUAACUUAGAGAUGAUGACCCUAUAGAGACACAAUACCUUUCGCUUAUUAGAAUCACAGGUGGAAGAAUGAACAGUCAUGGGGGCAGACACACGUCUAUAUUUACUUACAACAUACUUUCCAUUGAUGAACAAGGGUUUUAUAUAAGAAUUAAAUUAAAUAAACCAAAUCACCCUUUAACCUUCUCUCCUCCUCUUACUGAUGUUCCGUCUUCCUCUCUCUCUUCCCACCUGUUGUCUGUGUCAGUGUUCUACGUCAUGUGGCCUGGGGGCAGUGUGGAGGCCAGUGCUGUGUAGUUCCCAGCAGGAAUCAGACUGUGCCAACCUGGAGAGACCGGAACCAGCUCGCACCUGCCACCUGCGCCCCUGUGCCAUCUGGCUGAGUGGCAACUGGAGCAAGGUCAGUAUCCUGGGUAAACUAUGCAAGACAGCAACACGUCACUUAUUAUGGUGAGCUGACUAUACUCCACCUCUCUCUCUCUCUCUCUCUCUCUCUCUCUCUCUCUCACUCUCUCUCUCUCUCUCUCUCUCUCUCUCUCUCUUAUUCUCUCUCUCAUUCUCUCUCGUUCCCCCCCCCCCCCCCCCCCUCUCUCUCUCUCCGUAGUGUCCAGAGGGAUGUGAGGUGGUGGGAAGGAGGCAGCGUGAGGUGCAGUGUGUGGAUGGGCAGAAGGGACGUCCACUGAGACCGUUCCACUGCCAAGCCCUUUCCUCCAGACCCCCCAGCAUCCUGUCCUGUCGUCCCCAACCCUGUCAGCCCUGGAGAACCUCCCCCUGGGGACAGGUACACACACACACACGUGUUAUCACAUGUUGACUGGCUUGGUCCAUAUGCUACAGUAUUCCAGUAUUUAUAAGAUUAAAUUAGAAUAUUAUUGUUAAUAUAAACUCCUUUCAUCCCCAGUGCUCUCUUAGCUGUGGUGGUGGAUUGAGGGAGCGGCUGGUGUACUGCCCUGAGCCACAGCGCUGUAGCGCCACCCAGAGGCCAAACAACACAGAGACCUGCAACCUGCAGCCCUGCAGCUACUGGGACCCACAGGACUGGGAGAAGGUACAGUUUGCGCGUGUUACAUGUUCAGAGUGUGCAUUGCAUGGUGCGGUGUGCCAGUGGGGACUAGUGUGUGAGUAAUGUCUGUUGUCUUCUGUGUGUGUGUCAGUGCUCUGUGAGUUGUGGCAGGGGGAUGCAGCAUCGCGUGGUGCGGUGUGUCGUUGAGGACCAUAGCUCUGUGGAGAACAGUCUGUGUGACCAGAGCAGCAGGCCUGACACACUCAGGACAUGCAACUUGCAGGAGUGUAAAACUAAUACAGGUAAAACAAACACACAUCACUCCCUAUUAGCCUUCCUGAUUGCUCUUUAGCGGGAUAUGUCACCUUAAGAUGAAGGAAUAAUUCCUGCAAUACUGAAGCUGUUUUUGUUUUGUAUAUAUGCUGUUGAUUGAUGUAUAGUACCGCAGGUAGCCUAGUGGUUAAGAGCGUUGGGCUGAUAACCGAAAGGUUGCUGGUUUGAAUCCCCAAGCCAACCUCGUUGAAAAAUAUGUUGAUGUGCCCUUGAGCAAGGUACUAAACAGUAAAAUGAUCUGGAUUUUUUUAUUUAUUGCAGUUGACCUAAAUCAGUGUUCUGUUCUGUCCUUGGUGUUGGUUGUGGUUGUGUAGGUCCGCUGUGUAGGAAGAACAGCAUGUCGUCUCGGUUCUGUGACAAGCUGAAGCUGCUGGGCCGCUGCUCCCUCAGGUCCAUCCAGAAACAGUGCUGUGUCACCUGUAGAGGGUAAAACUCUGACCCGCACUACACCUGCCUCAUGGACCCCUCUCAUACAAAUGCACACAUACAGGGCGUCCACACUGCGAUCUUAUUGGUGAAUUUCAUCUCUAGUGCAAUCAGCCGACAGCAGCCUUUUCACCAUCAUCAUCAUAAUAACCCCCACAAACCGUCGUUAUCUCCAUGGGGCAGAAAUUCAUGGAGCUAUGGUACUGUGUACUGCUGCUGUGUGCAGUUUGUCUUAGCCAGCCUUGCACCUUCCCAGCUCUUCCAGGGUAACCCAGGCCUCCAACAACCUCUAA